AUGUACUGGACUCUUCUACUCGCAGUAACUGGCGUCGCAGCAGCCGCUCACAUAAUUCAACCCCACUCCGAAAAAUUUCUUCUUGCUGCUUACGAUGAAGAUUACGGCUACAACUUACACCAUGAGACUCAAUACCUCAAUGCACCAAUCCAAAGGAUCGACCAUCAUUUGACCAAACUCUUCAUUCCACAAUGUUUUGACAACAACAGCUCAUCCACUUCAAUUUCGUCCAAGUACAUUGAAGGCAGGAUUUUGAUCAAUGGUAGUUAUAAAGUCGAGAACUUGGAAAGUGAAGGAUUACAAUUUAUUCGAGUUGACAAGAGAACAAAUAGGUUGAAAGCUUGUCCCAAAGGUGAUUUAUCUACGGGGUUCAGUUUAUUUAGAGAUGAAUUGUUGUAUAAUAAAGUUGGAAAGUGGUCAUUGUGUUUUGAUGAUGAAUGUAAUUGUUCGUAUAUUUAUCAUGGAUCAAUUAAAGAUAAUGUCAAGUAUUGCGAUACCAAUGAUCAGGAAAUCACAGUGAAGGCUCUUGGAAAAUACGAUGCUUCUGGUGCCAUACCGGAUUAUCCAUUUAGUUUGAUCGAAGACUGA